UUCCUCCUCUCACAGCAGCCGCGGCAAGAGCAGCAAAGAUGACCCAGAAGUCCUCCCUCGUAAUCCUGAUGCUUGUCCUUUGCACAGCUCUCAUACAAGGAAUGCCAACUACCAGCAGAGGGCGUUGUCUUUGUCGAACAAAAGGAAUGAUGUUGAACUCUGUCCCUAUUCACCGCGUUGCUGGAGUUGAAUUUCACCGGCCCAGCAGCAGCUGCGAUCACGAGGAACUGGUAGUCACUUUCAAGAGGAAUGAGCGCAAGAGGUGCCUGGACAUUAAUAUGGAGCAAGGCCGCCGUAUAAAGGAAGCAAUUAUGAAGAAGAGAAAAUGAAGAUUGUUAGAGACUGAGAGAGGAAAAGGCAGAGAAAAUAGAAGUGGGCAUCCGGUUACAGAGGAAGACAAGUAAUGAGGUUCAAGCUUCUUUUGGAGAAGGAAACCAACCAUUUCUCCUUCAACAGGACCUCCUGACAAACUUCUGAAAGACUGACGUUCUGUGGACUCUCCGACCUAAGUGUUUAAUUGGCAGGAUUCGGUCUAGUAUAAAGCUGCUGGAAUUUGAAAAUGAGCUUUUCCAAUUUAGUUUUGUUCCCUCAACUUUCAGGUCCAUAAUUAUGUGUUACCAAAGGAAGAAACAAAAAAAAAAACUGAGAAAGCUAGAGGAGAAAUAAUUUCGUAUUAUAAA